AUGGUAUCUGAGGAGGAGGUUGAUGCUGGCUUCAGGGGCCUGUUCACUAAGCUAGCUGGAGAUGUAAGUAUUAUUACCAACCAUUACCCUUACUGGAGAAUAAGACAUUAGAGAUCUAUACAAUCAGUCCAUAGAGAUCUAUACAAUCUGUCCAUAGAGAUCUAUACAAUCCGUCCAUAGAGAUCUAUCCAAUCAGUCCAUAUAGAUCUAUACAAUCAGUCCAUAGAGAUCUAUACAAUCUGUCCAUAGAGAUCUAUACAAUCUGUCCAUAGAGAUCUAUACAAUCUGUCCAUAGAGAUCUAUACAAUCUGUCCAUAGAGAUCUAUACAAUCUGUCCAUAGAGAUCUAUACAAUCUGUCCAUAGAGAUCUAUACAAUCUGUCCAUAGAGAUCUAUACAGUCUGUCCAUAGAGAUCUAUACAAUCUGUCCAUAGAGAUCUAUACAAUCUGUCCAUAGAGAUCUAUACAGUCUGUCCAUAGAGAUCUAUACAAUCUGUUUAUAGAGAUCUAUACAAUCUGUCCAUAGACAUCUAUACAAUCUGUCCAAAGAGAUCUAUACAGUCUGUCCAUAGAGAUCUAUACAAUCUGUCCAUAGAGAUCUAUACAGUCUGUCCAUAGAGAUCUAUACAAUCUGUCCAUAGAGAUCUAUACAAUCUGUCCAUAGAGAUCUAUACAAUCUGUCCAUAGAGAUCUAUACAAUCUGUUUAUAGAGAUCUAUACAAUCUGCUCUUUAACUUUGGCAAGCUAUUACUAUCAUACUAUACAAUUUUUAUAUGUAAAAUAUAUAAUAUGUCACUGCCAAAAAUAUCUAUAAUAUUUAAUGAUGUUAUUGACUGGGCGAAUGUACCUUUCAUAGUUUAAAUACAUUUCUCUCUAUUUGAUUUGUUAAUAGGAUAUGGAGAUUUCAGCAGUUGAGCUCAGGAAUAUUUUCAACAAAAUCGUUGCUAAGCGUGAGUGAAGUGCUUUCUGCUUUCUUUUGAGUCAUGAUUUUGUAUUUGUACUGACUAUACUGAACAAAAAUAUCAACGCAACAUGUAAAGUGUUGGUCCCAUGUUUUAUGAGCUGGAAUAAAAGAUCCCAUAAAUAUUUCAUAACGCACAAAAAGCUUAUUUUAUCUAAAAUGUUGUGCACAGGUUUGUUUACAUCCCUGUUAGUGAGCAUUUCUCCUUUACCAAGAUAACCGUCUCAGGGAAGCUCAUCUGCGUGCUCGUCAUCCUCACCAGGGUCUUGACCCUGACUGCAGUUCGGCGUCGUAACCGACUUCAGUGGGCAAAUGCUCACCUUCGGUGGCCACUGGCACGCUGGAGAAGUGUGCUCUUCACGGAUGAAUCACGGUUUCAACUGUACCGAGCAGAUGGCGUGUAUGGCAUCGUGUAUGGUGUGGUGUGGGCUAGCAGUUUGCUGAUAUUAACGUUGUGAACAGAGUGCCCCAUGGUGGGGUUAUGGUAUGGGCAGGCAUAAGCUACGGACAACGAACACAAUGCACAGAGAUACCGUGACGAGAUCCUGAGGCCCGUUGUCGUGCCAUUCAUCCGCCGCCAUCACCUCAUGUUUCAGCAUGAUAAUGCACGGCCCCAAUGUCGCAAGGAUCUGUACACAAUUCCUGGAAGCUGAAAAUGUCCCAGUUCUUCCAUGGUCUGCAUACUCACCAGACGUGUCACCCAUUGAGCAUGUUUGGGAUGCUCUGGAUCGACCUGUACGACAGCGUGUUCCAGUUCCCGCCAAUAUCCAGCAACUUCGCACAGCCAUUGAAGAGGAGUGGGACAACAUUCCACAGGCCACAAUCAAUAGCCUGAUCAACUCCAUGUGAAGGAAGAUGUGUCGCGCUGCAUGAGGCAAAUGGUCGUCACACCAGAUACUGACUGGUUUUCUGAUCCAUGGCCCUACUUUUUUUUUUAAGGUAUCUGUGACCAACAGAUGCGUAUCUGUAUUCCCAGUCAUGUGAAAUCCACAGAUUAGGGCCUAAUGCAUUGAUUUAAAUUGACUGAUUUCCUUAUAUGAAUUGUAACUCAGUAAAAUCGUAGAAAUUGUUGCAUGUUGCGUUUAUAGUUUUUGUUCAGUGUAUAAAGAGCACGUUUUAUGUAUAGUCCAAACUCUGUCCAAACUCUGUCCAAACUCUGUCCUAACUCUGUCCAAACUCUGUCCUAACUCUGUCCUAACUCUGUCCAAACUCUGUCCAAACUCUGUCCAAACUCUGUCCUAACGCUGUCCAAACUCUGUCCAAACUCUGUCCAAACUCUGUCCAAACUCUGUCCUAACUCUGUCCUAACUCUGUCCUAACUCUGUCCAAACUCUGUCCAAACUCUGUCCUAACUCUGUCCUAACUCUGUGAUGUGUCCUCUACAGGAACUGACAUAAAGACGGACGGCUUCAGCCUAGACACAGCCAGAAUCAUGGUCAACCUCAUGGAUGUAUCCUUUACAAGUAUUACAUACUGCGUCUCUAUACAGAGAGUGGUAUUCUGACUUGAGAUCAUAACUUGAAUUUUAACACAAGUGACAUCAAUGAAUAAGUUACAGAAAAAACGCUCAUCUCAGUCUUUUAGUUUUGAAUAUUGUAGUUUGUUGGGCAUGUUGUGUCCAGACACUUGUUUAACCUUAACUGUUAAGCAGGACAGUGGUAACGGCAAACUGGGUAUGGGAGAAUUUGCGACACUGUGGAAGAAGAUUCAGAAAUACCUGGUGAGGUUCUACUGAUUGUGUUACUGCUGUGGUAGCUCUGGUCCAGGGUGCUACAUAGGCUCAGCGUCAGCAAGCUGCACAUAAUGCCUUGGACCAGAGCUACUGCAGUAGGAUCUCUGUUGUGUAAGAUUGGACGGCCUUCAAGUGUUUACAUAGUGUAGUGUGUGUUUUACACAGUGCAAUCUCUCUAUAACAUUGGAAGGGAAACAGGGUGAAGGGAGAGGAGAAGAGGGAAAGAAGCGGCGAAAGCGAGAGAGAGAGAGAGAUGAAGAGAGAGAGAGAGAUGAGAGACCGAACAAACAGGAAGGCUAGAGCCAUAGAAGGAGAGUAAAAAGUUAGGAAAAUUCGAUCCGAGUAUCUGAGAGGCAGCAAGAAGAAAAGACGAUGGCCUUAGAAACAGAGAUGAGAGUUGAAGAGUGCGUAAAUCUAAAAACAGGGUAGAGUAAGAGAGUAUGAAAAGAAAGUAGAAUAUACUGCUAUUCAUAGUUGGAAAAGAAGAGUUAGUUAUUUAAGGUAAUCAUAAUCCAACUCAUAUAAAAAUAAAGCAUGAGACGUAUAAAGCGAACAAAGUCGAUCAUUGGAGAGCCAGCCCUCCCUCCCUCCCUCAUCCUCCCUCCAUCCCUCCCUCCUCCAUCCCUCUUCUCCCUCCUCCCUCUCUCCCUCCCUCCCACCAGUCCAUCUAUAAGAACAAUGACAUUGAUGGGUCUGGCUGUAUGAGCACACCAGAGAUGAGGAUGGCCUUGAGCAAAGCAGGUUUGUGGACAUGAAAUAAACGUCAUUUACACAAAUACUCAGGGGUCACUAAUGUAUGCACUGUCUACUGUCACUUUGAUAAAAGCUAAGUGGCUACUAUCUGCAUAUAUAUACUUAUACUGCAUUAUAUACGAGUAUACUUUGACUUAUACUCUAUAGUAUAGUACAGACAUUAUACUCAUAUAAAUAAUAAAUAAUAUGCAUUGAGACGCUUUAUAAGCACUUACAGUCAGCGGCAUACAUUUUUGUGUAUGGUGGCAUACGACCCACCACCUUGGGUUAAAAGCGCGUUCUUACAGUGAACAGAGGAAAUUAUUACGCAUCUACUGACUAUAUAUUAUAGACAUUACACUCCAUAUUAUAUUACAGACAUUAUACUGCAUAUUAUAUUACAUACAUUAUACUAUAUAAUAUUACAGACGUUAUACUCUAUAUUGUAUUACAGACGUUAUUCUGUAUAUUACCAGGUUCUCGGAGUGAAAUCCCAGGGGAACCCGGGUUCCCGCUGGAAAAUGAUUUUGAACUCCAAAGAUGUGCAUUUUACAUUGAAUUCAAGGAGUGACUUCAUCAUUCAUUUUGACAUGUAAAAAUUCACUGAAUUCAAGGAUUUUCCAUUGGCUGUUUCCCAGAGUGUUCCAUUUCCACCCCUGAUUAUAUAUACAGUAUCCAUUUUAUUAUUAGGAUCCCCAUUACCCGACGACAAUGGCGACAGCUAGUCUUAGUGGGGUCCGACACAUAAUGAAAAAGACAUUACAGAAAAAAGAAACUUUACAAUUUACAUACAUUUAAAAACAUUAACAUGCAGCGUGCAUCUUAUCAGUUACACAUACAUAUAAUCUACCUUCCACCAGGUUCUGAUGAUAUAUAAUCUACCUUCCACCAGGUUCUGAUGAUAUAUAAUCUACCUUCCACCAGGUUCUGAUGAUAUAUAAUCUACCUUCCACCAGGUUCUGAUGAUAUAUAAUCUACCUUCCACCAGGUUCUGAUGAUAUAUAAUCUACCUUCCACCAGGUUCUGAUGAUAUAUAAUCUACCUUCCACCAGGUUCUGAUGAUAUAUAAUCUACCUUCCACCAGGUUCUGAUGAUAUAUAAUCUACCUUCCACCAGGUUCUGAUGAUAUAUAAUCUAUCUUCCAUCAGGUUUCAGCCUGAACAACACUCUCCACCAGGUUCUGGCGGCUCGGUAUGGAGAGGCUGACAUGACCAUUGACUUUGAUAACUUUGUGGCCUGCGUCAUGCGCCUGGAGAUGAUGUUCAGUGAGUAGAACGUCUUAAUGCCACAAUCCUGAAUUUGUGUUUCAGCCAAACGGCAGCCCCGCCCGGCACUUGUUUGCCUAUAAAGCUGAGUGAUGGCCAUGGAGUGUAACAGUAGUAAAUAUUGCAGACUGUACCUUUUUUUAAUAUGUGGGUUACUUUUGGGAGUUGUGGAGAACCCGUCAGAUUAGGAUCAAAAGGAAAGCUUUGAUCAGAGUGUGUGUUAUAGAUGCUUACAUCUGAACCUCUCUCAACCUCGCAGAAGUCUUCAAGAAGAUUGACAUUGAUGAUACUGGCUAUAUUGAAUUGGAUUUCCACCAG